AAGGAAUUCUUAUUUCAGUCGAUUCGAUAUUAAUUUCUCCAUUUCCAGUUAUUUAUUAUUCGAUGCACGUGCGCCGGGUGCUUUGUUGAAUUCACCGGCGAGGGCUUUCUUGGAGAGGAAAGGAGAAAGAAGCGACGGAACGUCAGAGGUACAAGGCAGAGACAGUAAUUGGUCCAAACUCCGUUCAAUCAUAGCCUGGCGGACCCGCCAAUCUUAGCGUCACGCCGGGAACCAAGAUACCGAAAAGCUAAGGAACUCAGAUCGGGAAGUUAUUACCUGAGAAAAGUAGCCUUUUGAUAGUGGUAUUCUAAAGCUCAAUAGUCACUCAGGAGAUUGCCGGAGCAGGGAGAACUUCCGCUACUGCUCGUUCAUAGCAUACACGGUCCAACGAGCUGCGGUAAACUUUUCGGCUCAGCAGGCACUGUGGAAAUGGAGUUGUUGAGACAAAUGUUUGCAUUGCCUCUAGCUGAGGGAAUUUUGAAAAAAGACUGUUGCAUAUCUUGUGAAGGACUGUAGACUUCAACCCGCUGCAGUUUUUGGACGCAGGGGAUCUUAAUAGUUCCUCUACAGUUAUGGAUUCUUGUGUUGUCACAGGUGGAACAAUUUUAGAACCUCGUGAUGAUAUGGAAUUUGACUCGCAUGAAGCUGCUUAUUCGUUUUAUAAAGAAUAUGCCAAGUCUGUGGGGUUUGGUACUGCCAAAUUGAGCAGCCGGAGGUCAAGGGCAUCAAGGGAGUUUAUUGAUGCUAAAUUCUCAUGUAUAAGAUAUGGAAAUAAACAGCAGUCUGAUGAUGCCAUUAAUCCACGACCUUCUCCAAAAAUUGGCUGCAAAGCAAGCAUGCAUGUGAAGAGAAGAUCUAAUGGGAAAUGGUAUAUCUAUAGUUUUGUGAAGGAACAUAAUCAUGAGCUCCUACCAGCACAGGUGCACUUCUUUCGAAGCCACCGGAACAUUGAUCCCCUUAAGAAUGAUGCUAGAAUACGAAGACGAAAGAAUUUGACUGCAGUGUCCAAACUGUUUGGUGCCUAUCAAAAUGUAGAUUGUCUGGAAGGUUAUAUGAGAAAUCAGCAUGAUAAGGGGCGAAAUUUGGUUCUAGAAGCAGGAGAUGCUCAAAUACUACUGGAGUUUUUUAUGCAUAUGCAGGAACAGAACCCAAAGUUCUUCUAUGCUGUCGAUUUGAAUGAAGAACAUAGGUUGAGAAACUUGUUCUGGGUUGAUGCAAAAGGUAUGGAAGACUACAACAACUUUGGUGAUGUAGUUUGUUUUGACACUACAUACUUCACAAACAAGUAUAAAAUCCCUUUGGUUCUCUUUAUUGGAGUGAACCAUCAUAUUCAACCCACAUUGCUUGGUUCUGCAUUGAUUGCAGAUGAGACAGUUUAUACUUUUGUUUGGCUAAUGCAAACAUGGUUUAUGGCAAUGGGGGAGCAAGCUCCACGAGUGAUACUGACUGAUCAAAACAAUGCCAUAAAAGCAGCUAUUGCUGCUGUCUUUCCACAAACACGUCAUUGUUUUUGCUUGUGGCACAUAUUGGAGAAGAUCCCUCGACAGCUCGAGUAUUUGAACCCAUGGCAUGAUAAUUUUAUGGUAAAAUUUAACAAGUGUAUUUUCAAAUCAUGGACAGAGGAACAGUUUGAAAAGAGAUGGUGGAAAUUACUUGAUAAAUUUAAUCUUAGAGAGGUUGAAUGGGUUCAAUCAUUGUAUGAAGAUCGCAAGUAUUGGGUGCCAACUUUCUUGCGAGAUGUAUCCUUUGCUGGUUUGUGUACUGUAUUGCGGUCUGAAAGUGUGAAUUCUUCGUUCGACAAAUAUGUUCAUUGGGAAACUUCAAUGAGAGACUUUAUAGAGCAAUACAAAUUGAUUCUUGAAGAUAGGUAUGAAGAGGAAGCCAAAGCAGAUUUUGAUGCGUGGCAUGAAACACCUGAGCUAAAGUCUCCAUCACCUUUUGAGAAACAAAUGUCACUUGUGUACACACAUCAAAUUUUCAGGAAAUUCCAAUUUGAAGUGUUGGGAGCAGCAGCUUGUCAUCUUAAGAAAGAAGAAAGUGAAGAUGAAACUAUCACAACUUAUUCCGUCAAGGACUUUGAAGAUAAUCAAAAUUAUGUGGUGGAGUGGAAUGAAUCAAAAUCUGAAAUAUGCUGUUUGUGCCGUUCAUUUGAAUACAAAGGUUACCUCUGCAGGCAUGCUAUUGUUGUUCUUCAAAUGUCUGGUGUAUUCAGAAUUCCACCUAAAUAUGUAUUGCAACGGUGGACAAAUGCUGCUUUGAGCAGGCAUCCCAUUAGUGAAAGACUGGAUGAGGUGCAAACUAAGGUCCGUCGUUACAAUGAUUUAUGUCGACGAGCAAUAAUUUUAGGUGAAGAGGGUUCACUUUCUGAAGAGAGUUACAAUAUUGCAUUGACCGCCAUAAAAGAAGCUUUAAGGCAGUGUGCAAGUCUGAAUAACACUGUUGAGAAUGGUGUUGGUCAUACUGCCUUAGUUAGCAUUGAGGAUGAGAAUCAGUGCAGUACUUAUUCAAAAGAUGUAGUACCAGAUCCUCACUUGACUAGUGCAAACAAGGCCCCUAGGAGAGUUGAAGCUGGAAAGGAGAAGGAGAACAAUGAAAAUAACACAUUCAGAAAAGGAAAGCAGGUAUCUCAGCCAGGUGCCAGUAGCAUUGGGGUGCAGGAUGGCUUCCACUUAGUGGAGAUAUGCGACCUAGGUCCAACACAAGCACAUAAUGUGGUGCCAACACAGUUACAGCAUGUGGUGCCAACGGUGUUUCACAGUAUGACAUCUACACAGUUUCAUAAUAUGGCUCCAUCUCAUUUGCCUGAGACUCGACUUCCUCGGUAGUAUGCUCUUGUAUUCACUUGUAAAAAUUCUGUAAAACAUCCACAGCUACAGGUCUAUAGGAAAAGAAUCUCUAACCGUUUUGCAGGUACAAACACUGGUCCAUAUUAUGACAUAUCUGUUGUGCAGUUGGCAAAAAGUUUUGUUUAUCAUGCUGAGCUGAAGUUGGAGAGGUAGGCUAGAUUGGCAUGAACUUGUGCAUAAAGUAGUCAUGUAUACACGAUCUAUCUGUAAAUGUUAUGCAAUUUAUCAGGCACGCCAUUACAUGAUGCAAUUGUAAAACCUUUUAGCUUAAUUUUCCUUGGUGAGUGGAAUCUUUUGAUCGGCGAGGUUA